UAAUGGCGUCAAAGUUAACAUAACAGAAUGUCGAAAGUUAAGAAAAUGCCUUUAAAAUCUUCGCCAAAAACUGCAACAAGUGGAGCCGGAUCUCCAGCAGAAGCUUCCUCGGCAGCCGUGGCUUCAGAUGCCAGUGAAACGGAACGCCUGGUGAAGUUGGUCAUGGCCAUGGGUUAUCCCGAGGGCGAGGCUCGCCUUUCGUUGGCCCAAAGCAACAACAAUGUACAGCGUGCAGUGCAGAUUUUGGUGGAAGGAACCGCGUACAAUGAUGAUGAUGAAUCCCAAAAGCAUCGUCGUAGUCGCCAGCGAUUGCGCAAACUGCGCCACACUCUUAUGGGUGACCCUCUGGCCACGGACGACGACAUCGUCGAGAUGAUGCGGGAUCAAAGGGUAGCUUUGGCCAUUACUGAAAUGGUAAACGGUAGCAGUGUGCAGACUAUGCAACUUCUGCUUGAGGAUGAGGAAGAGGAGGAGGAGGAGCUAGAGGAGGAGGAGGAUGAAGAGGAAGAGGAGGAGGAGGAGUAUAUGGAAUAUACCCUGGCGGAGUCGUCUUCAAACGCUGAAAGCUCGCCAGCUAGCAACUGAGGCAGAACAGCGUUUUUUCCUUCUUUUCCUUAUUGGAAAGAAGCCAGUUUUGAUUCUUAUUGUCAUAUCUUAAGGUCUGUGCCGCCAGGUUUAUGUUUGUAAAUCAAGAAGGCCAGCUUAUUGUUCAGUUUUCUAUUGUCAAGUAUCAUAUAGUGUCGAGUUGGUUUAUAUGUCAUUAUCUUUAAUAACUUUCUUAUAUCAACAUAAGUAUGAAGAACGAAAAGUUAACUAAGGAAAUUUUAGAAAUAACUCAUUGAAUUUGUAUGAUUUUUUCAAGAUAUUGCUUAUAAGAUGUAAAGAUUGAAAUCUGUUUAACAUUGCAAAGUUGAAAUGUAAACUAUUUGUUAAUUGCUUUAAAGUUGUCUAAGUACUCCAAGCUAAGUUCUAUGGCUAUCAACUUAAACUAAUGAUAAUACUUAACAGUAAUGAACUUUCCUAAUGUAAAAAAGUAAUUAAUAAGAGAAUUUCAAGAUCUUAAGUCUUAAAUUUAACUUAAGUUACUAUGUAAACUGGUAAAGAAACUUUGUUUCUAAUAUUCUUAAUCUAAGUUCAAGCAAAAAGUCAGACUUUCAAGUUGUAAAAGCAAAGCAAAGCCUCUUUAAUGAAAGAUAAUACAAAAUCUAAACUACU